AAUCACAAAAAAAAAAAUUUUACUACUGCUAGUAGCCAAGUACUCUCACUAGUCACUACACGCUAAUAAGAAGCUCCGCUUGAGUGCUUUCCUUCCUGGAGAUCUGCACAUAACAUUGUUCAAUAAUCAAACAAGAGUAGCGUAUAUUCAGGUGCUUUUUGUAUCUCUGAAUGUAAACAAGUAACUAAGCUCUCUCUCUCUCUCUCUAUUGAUCUCACCGGUCUAUCUCUAUCUCUGAUCGUGGAGGACUACUGGAGUAGUGAGUUGAUCAGUGAAGAUGAGGGUGCUGGGGUUUGGGUGUCGAAUUAUAGUGUUCUUGGCCCUUUGGAUGGGUGUGCAAGCAGAGAUUUAUGUGGUGACAGUUGAGGGAGACCCUGUCAUAAGUUAUAGAGGUGGUGUUCCUGGUUUUGAAGCCACUGCUGUGGAAACCGAUGAGAAUUUUGAUCCCACCAGUCUAUUUGUCACAUCUUACGCCCAACAUCUUGAAAAGAAACAUGAUAUGCUUCUUGGUAUGCUGUUCAACCAUGGGAGCUACGAGAAACUCUACAGCUAUAAGCAUCUUCUAAAUGGUUUUGCUGUCCACAUCUCUCCUGAUCAGGCAGAAAUCCUAAGACGUGCCCCUGGUGUGAAAUCUGUUGAGAGAGAUUGGAAAGUGAGGAGACUUACCACGCACACCCCACAAUUUUUGGGGCUCCCAACAGGAGUAUGGCCAUUAGAUGGUGGCUUUGACAAGGCUGGAGAGGACAUUGUGAUAGGAUUUGUGGACUCUGGAAUUUAUCCUCAUCAUCCCAGCUUUGCAGCCCAUCAUACUGAACCGUAUAGGCCUGUUCCUAAGUACAGAGGAAAAUGUGAAUUUGAUCCUGAUACAAAGAGGGAUUUCUGCAAUGGGAAGAUUAUUGGGGCACGACAUUUUGCCAAAGCUGCAAUAGCAGCUGGAGCAUUUAAUCCUACAAUUGAUUUUGAUUCUCCCUUGGACGGUGAUGGACAUGGAAGUCACACAGCAGCUAUUGCAGCCGGUAAUAAUGGUAUUCCUGUGAAAAUGCAUGGCUAUGAAUUUGGGAAAGCAAGUGGGAUGGCGCCCCGUGCUAGGAUUGCUGUGUAUAAGGCAUUAUACAGGCUCUUCGGAGGCUUUGUUGCUGAUGUGGUAGCUGCCAUUGAUCAGGCUGUUCAUGAUGGAGUGGAUAUACUUAGUCUUUCAGUCGGUCCAAACAGUCCUCCAGCCACUACAAAGACUACAUUCUUAAACCCUUUCGAUGCCACACUUCUUGCGGCUGUGAAAGCAGGAGUAUUUGUUGCACAGGCAGCAGGGAAUGGAGGUCCUUUCCCGAAAACAUUGGUAUCAUAUAGCCCUUGGAUUGCAUCUGUAGCAGCUGCAAUUGAUGAUCGCAGAUAUAAAAAUCAUCUCACUCUGGGAAAUGGGAAAAUAUUACGUGGAAUCUGUUUAUCACCUGCUACGCAUCCCAACCGAACAUUUACUUUGGUUGCUGCAAAUGAUGUCCUGCUGGAUUCUUCGGUAAUGAAGUACAGCCCGUCUGACUGCCAAAGACCAGAAGUGCUAAAUAGAAACUUGGUUGAGGGAAACAUUCUUCUUUGCGGCUAUUCCUUCAAUUUUGUUACUGGUACUGCAUCGGUCAAGAAAGUAUCAGAAACAGCCAAGAGCCUUGGUGCUGUUGGCUUUGUCCUUGCUGUGGAAACUGUUUCACCUGGAACAAAAUUUGAUCCUGUACCUGUCAGCAUUCCAGGGAUUCUUAUCACAGAUGUCCCAAAAUCAAUGGAACUCAUAGACUACUACAAUGUUUCUACACCAAGAGAUUGGACUGGACGAGUGAGGAGUUUCAAAGCUGUUGGCAGCAUUGGAGACGGCUUGAUGCCUAUACUCCAUAAAUCUGCACCACAGGUGGCAUUAUUCUCCGCUCGAGGACCCAACAUAAAAGAUUUCAGCUUUCAAGAUGCUGAUCUUCUCAAACCGGAUAUUCUAGCUCCUGGUUCUCUCAUUUGGGCCGCUUGGUCACCCAAGGGAACUGAUGAGCCUAAUUAUGUUGGGGAGGGGUUUGCCAUGGUUUCUGGUACAAGCAUGGCUGCACCACAUAUAGCAGGGAUAGCAGCUCUUGUAAAGCAGCAGCACCCUCACUGGAGCCCCGCUGCCAUUAAGUCGGCUUUGAUGACUACUUCAACAAAGUUGGACAGAGCUGGACGGCCUCUUCAAGCACAACAAUAUUCUGAGACUGAAGAAAUGAAGCUGGUCUCAGCAACACCUUUUGAUUAUGGGAGUGGUCAUGUUAGUCCAAGAGCUGCUCUGGAUCCUGGACUCAUAUUUGAUGCGGGUUACGAGGAUUACCUGGGAUUUUUAUGCACAACUCCUGGGAUUGAUGUUCAUGAGAUAAGGAACAUCACAAACUCUCAGUGCAACAACAGCAUUGGUCACCCAUCUAAUCUCAACACACCAUCAAUCACAGUUUCCCAUCUGGUAGGUACUCAAUCUGUUAGUCGUACAGUCACAAACGUUGCCGAAGAAGAAACAUACGUGAUAACAGCUAGAAUGCAUCCUGCCAUUGCAAUAGAAACAAGUCCUCCAGCAAUGACUCUGAAACCCGGUGCAUCAAGGAAGUUCAUGGUGACACUUACAGUUCGAACUGUGACAGGAACCUACAGUUUUGGCGAGAUUUGUUUGAAGGGCAGUCGAGGCCAUAAAGUAAGAAUCCCAGUUGUUGCUAUGGGCUACUGGCGAUAGUUUGGUCAGUGCAUAACAUAUUAAGGUUUAUGGUUGUAAUAUUCUUUGUAAUAUGUGCCAAUAAGAUAUAUUUUAGAUGUAUAUUAUGUUCCAAAUAUGUAUGUGAAAUUAGGUGCAAAGAUAAACUGAUGUAGGGGGAGACUCCUCGUUUCUUCCAUUGAAGUUUUGCUGAGAUAAGAAAGAA